AUGAGGAAAGUGCUCGGAGCGUUUUUAGCAGGAGAAACUCGGUAUACAUAUGAGAACAAAAACAUUGCUCUAAGCAUGCAUUGGCUUUUCACCGCAGAGAUCGCUUCUUUCUACGAGGGUUACUAUGCUAACAAGGGAAUAAAGAUCAUCAAGAGUACUAAAGCCACUGGGUUCAGUACCAACUCAAAGGGAGAGGUGACAGAAGUGAAACUAGAUGAUGGAAGAACCCUAGAAGCUGACAUGGUGAUCGUGGACAUUGGUGGUAGACCGAUGAUAUCGCUUUUCAAAGGUCAGAUAGAGGAGGAGAAUGGUGGAAUAAAGACUGAUGGGCUCUUCAAAACAAGCGCAUCCAAUGUAUAUGCCAUUGGAGAUGUCGCAACAUUCCCUAUGAAACUUUAUGGUGAUAUGAGACGUGUAGAACACUUUAACCAUGCUUGCAAAUCCGCUGAACAUGCCGUUAAGGCAAUCAAGGCGGCAGAGGAAGGGAGAUCGAUCCUAGAGUAUGACUAUCUCUCUUUCUUAUACACACGAGUCUUUGAUCUCUCGUGGCAAUUUUAUGGAGACAACGUUGGACAAUCUGUGCUAUUCGGAGACAACGAUCCAAACUCAUCAAAAGCUAAGUUCGGGACUUAUUGGGUUAAAGAUGGAAAAGUGGUGGGAGCGUUUCUUGAAGGAGGAGUUGAGGAAGAGAACAAGGCCAUUGCUAGAGUUGCACGGGCACAACCUUCAGUUGGUAGUCUUGAGGUGUUGUCCAGUGUUGGAGAGUUGCUUAUUGGAUCAAGGGUUAAUAGAAAUAGGGUCUUAGUUUCUUGACAUGUUUAGUAAUAUAUAUGUUUCUUCAAGAGUAUUAACACUCUUGUUUGACCAUACAAUAUCUAAGCAUGUCUAGGAUCU